AAGCCAGGAAGCCACUGACGGCAUUGUGCGCCGUACUGUUCACGCUUCUGUUCGUACAGAAGUAUGCUAGAGCUUCGCUGCGGCGCAAUGCAGAAGAGCCCACCAUGACAACAAGCCUCUCGUCUCGUCUCGUGUCGUCUCGUGUCGUGGCGUGUCCCCCUCACUCCCCAUUCCUGCGCCAUCCUCUGCUCCUCGCUCAUGCCCAGACCAUCACUAGAUCAUUGAGCCAUGCCUGCCGUUGUGCGCCGUCGGAUUAGCUGCGAAGCAUUUAGUCUGUCGAAUUCACGAUAGUCACUCAGCGUGGCGCAAAUCCACUAGGACUGCUUUGAUUUAUGUACAGCUCAUCGAGCCUCUUUAGUUAUAACCUUACGCCCAACGAGACCGCGGAUUCGGCAGUAUGCAGUCCGGUCGCCCCGUUCCAUCCCAUCCCGCGUGUCGACGUAUCGCAGCGCGGAGACACACACACCCCAUAGCACGCACGCCUUACCGAGAUUCCCGUUCGCGCGUCAGAGUAGAGCAGCGCUCGCCUCUAGCUCGCCUUCUCCUGCCACUGAUUCUGUCUCUAGUGGCCCUGCCGUGCGUGCCGGUAGCGGUAGCGCAGGCCAGGACAGAUGCCUUCGCCAAGCUACCCGGGCAGCCGGCGGGCGCGCCCAAGUUCAACCAGUCGGCGGGGUACAUAAUGGUGGAGGGGCGCAAGGCGUACUUCUACUGGCUCAUGGAGGCCAUCGGCCAGCCCGAGUCGAAGCCGCUGCUGCUCUGGCUCAACGGCGGCCCCGGGUGUUCGUCGGUGGGGUGCGGGCUGUUCGAGGAGGUGGGGCCGUGGCGCGUCGCGUCCAAGGCCGCCACGGCGCUCGUCUACAACCGAUUCGCCUGGAACCGACUGGUGAACGUUGUGUUUCUCGAAUCGCCCGUGGGGGUGGGGUACUCCUACUCCAAUGACACGUCAGACUACACCACCGAUGACGCACAGACAGCGAAGGACAACCACGCGUUCCUGGUGGGCUUCCUGGCGCGCCACCCGCGAUACGCGGGGCGGGAGUUCUACAUCGCGGGGGAGAGCUACGCGGGCCACUACAUUCCGCAGCUCGCCGCCCGAAUAAUCGAGCAGAAUCAGAUGGAGGGCGGCACUCGUGUCAACUUGGACUUGUCGGGCAUCUUCCUGGGCAACCCCUUCGUGAACUACGCCCACGACACCAAGGGCCCCAUCCAGUUCUUCUACGACCACGGCAUGCUCAGCUCCGCGCUCUACAACGACGCCAUCAAUUGCGACUUCUCCUUUGGCUCGCCCGACCUGGAGUGCCGCGGCCACAUCAACGCCGCCUUCUCGCCAUGGUACGACCCCAUCGAUCCCUACAACAUCUACGCGCCCUUCUGUCUGGCGGACGUGUCGGCAGCACGCCUGUCUGCCUUUGUGCGCAUGAACCCGCGCCUGCGCUUCUCCAUGGCCGCUCAGCAGCAGGCAGCACAAGCGCUGCAGCAGCAGCAGCAGCAGCAGGGUGCCUUGGCUUAUCCGGGUGAUCCCUCCAGCGCUGCACCACAGGGUGCGCGGCUGAGCGGCAAGGCGGCGGACCCGCUGGACAGCGCAGCGUGCAUGGACGCGUGGGUGCAGCGCUACCUGCGCUCGCCUGCCGUCUACAGGACCGUCAAGGCGCCCGCCGCUCGCGCCAUGCAGUGGAGUGUGUGCACCAACGGCAUAGACUACAGCAGCAACGACCAGGGCGCGGACAUCAUCCCCACCAUCCAGGGGCUGCUGGCGCACCCCCUCCGCUUCUGGAUCUUCUCCGGCGAUGCGGACAGCGUGGUGCCGUUCACGGGCACGCGCGUGUGGAUAGAGGCGCUGGGGCUGGCCGUGCUGCAGCCGCAGUACCCCUGGCUAGCGCCGUCGGGCCAGGUGGGCGGGUGGGCGACGCGGUACGAGGGGCUGACAUGGGUGACGGUGAGGGGGGCGGGCCACCAGGUGCCCACCGGCAAGCCCGAGGAGGCGUUCGCACUCUUCCAGGCCUUCCUCAGCGGCCACGACCCGCCCUACACCGCCUCUGGCUGACCGCUCUGCGCCCGAGGUGGCACUGUGGUGUGGGAAAACUACCUGCUAUGAGUUGCCUUGUAAUGUAUUUAUUGAGUUAUGUGUUUCCGGCUCACCAAGUGAUGGUCGUGUUCAACAGAGAGCAGGUGAAGGAGCCAUCUCAUGCCAUGGCCAGCUCAUGUGGUUGGUGAGAUGUCUGUGUCUGCCAUCCCAUCCCAUCCCAUGGUGCCUAGUUCAGCUAAUAAAUAAGGAACAGCUUG